CCCUCUUGGCGUCACACGUCUUUCAAGUGACGUCAAAGUGUCUGCAGGUGUUGGAAGAGGCGCAGUAUUGGCGUAAGUGACGCUUAAAACGGCUUUUACGAUGGCUUCAGCUACAGAUAACCGCUAUGGACAAAAGGAGUCUUCCGACCAGAACUUUGAUUACAUGUUCAAAAUCCUGAUCAUCGGGAACAGCAGCGUUGGAAAGACCAGCUUUCUGUUUCGGUAUGCAGAUGACUCCUUCACGCCAGCAUUUGUAAGCACGGUGGGCAUCGACUUCAAGGUGAAGACCAUCUACAGGAAUGACAAGAGGAUAAAGCUACAGAUCUGGGACACAGCAGGACAGGAACGCUACCGAACCAUCACCACUGCCUACUACCGCGGUGCCAUGGGCUUCAUCCUCAUGUACGACAUCACCAACGAGGAGUCUUUUGCCGCAGUGCAGGACUGGUCCACACAGAUUAAGACGUACUCAUGGGAUAAUGCCCAGGUGCUGCUGGUGGGCAAUAAGUGUGACAUGGAGGAUGAGAGGGUGGUGGCGUCUGAGAGGGGACGACAGCUCUCUGAACAUCUCGGUUUUGAGUUUUUUGAGGCCAGUGCCAAGGACAACAUUAAUGUUAAACAAACCUUCGAGCGGCUGGUGGACAUAAUCUGCGAGAAGAUGUCAGAGAGCCUGGAUGCCGCUGAUCCUGCAGUGACGGGAGCCAAACAGGGGCCGCAGCUCACGGAGCAGCCCGCCGCUCCGCACCAGGACUGCGCCUGCUGAAAACCCCACGGCUCUAUCUGCACUGCCUUGCACCAACACAAAAAACAACACGUUUAGGUAUUUAAAAAGAACAUGAAACAUAAAACCCCCUAAUUCCCUUACUGCCUCCUCAGGCUACACCCUCUAGCUCCUCCCCUUCCUCUCUCAAUACUCAUUUUGACAUCUCAAACUCUAAAAUGGUUUUAUUCAACAUGGAAUCCAUUCCAUUUUAAAAGGAAAGCCAUAGCGCUUUUAAAGAGCGAAUUCACCCAAAAAUGAAAAUUCAGUCAUUAUUUACUCUCCCUCAAUUUGUUUAAAACCUGUACAAUUAUAUUUGUCUGUUAAACACAAAGACAUUUUGAAGAAUGUUUAACUAAACAGUGUUGGUCCCCAUCGACUUCCAGAAAUUACUAUGGAAGUCAAUGGGGAUUAGAAACAGUUUGGUUUUCCACAUUGUUCAAAAUAUGUUCUUUUGUGUUCAGCAGAAGAAAGAUUUUUGGGUGAACUAUCCCUUUUAGGCCUGAAAUGAUUUUAAAAACUUUAUAAUUAGGCCUAAAUUUAAAUGUUAGUUCAGCAAAGCACACAGAAUCAGUUAUCUUUAAGUUUUCGCUGCCUACACUUCACUUCAUAGUUUAAGAUAUUUUCAUUCUACACUUCCAUAUCCUUAAAUUAUUUAUGAACAAAUAUAAAAAGAGGAAUGAGAGAGAUUUCUGUAUAUUUAUUCCAAAAAGUGUACAUAAUAAAUACAGUUCAGUAUUUAAAUAAUACAGUUAGAAAUGCAUAUCUAAAAUGUUUUGUUAUUUUUUUGAAAAUGACCAAUUCUGACAAAUAUAAAGAAAGUUAGAGAAGUCAACUAAUGCUGUUUUCAUGGUAAUUCUUUGCAGUGCUUGUCACGAACCUUUCUUGCUUAUUUGUAUCUGUGACAUUGUAUCUUGUUCACUGCCUUGCCUCAUGUAAUUUCAGUCCCGGGACUGAAAGCCAGAUAUCAUACACAAACAUUCCUUAAUGUAAAUUUGCAUGGAAGGAAAUAAAGCCAUUUAGGCAAAUAGUGGUAGGAUUCCUUUCUCAAUGCUUCGUUAGGUCUAAUCAAGUGUAUUUCUAGUCCAAAUCUGAAUUUGAUUUGCGGCCAUGCUGUUGCUUAUUUCAUCAUAGCAGCAGAGCCAUAAGCUCGACCUACUAUUGACAAUACUCUUACACGGUCUUAAAAUUUAGUAAAAGUUACUCAGAUUUCCCAUAACGACUUUCUAGACUGGCGUGUCCUGUGAACGAUUUUACGUGGCUCUGUGUCUAAUACCAGGCCUGCAACUAUAAUGCAAAAAUCAGUUUGCAAAAAAAGAAGAAAAAAAGCCCAUGAGUAUUAACGUUUACAUGUGCAAGAUCCUCCCUGAUUAAUCCUGCAUCUUUCCUUUGCUAUUCUGUCUUCCUUUAGUGAAAACUUACUGUAAAUACAUUUGAGUCUUUGGUUUUAUGUGUGGACUGUGUUGUAUCGAUUAUGGGCUUUAAAAAAAUUCUAGGUGAUAUUAAGAAAAAUUACAAAAAGAGGAUAUAAAGGAUGUUCUUUACCUGCUGUCGUGUAUGCCUGCUUGUGAAUGAAUGUGUCACUUUAUUACAGAGCAAUAUUGAAGAAAAUACCUUUUCAUGUGUUGCAGAUUAUUUAUCAUUCUGUUAACAUAAACAGAACAUUUUUGUAGGAUGUAAUGGAAAUGUGACCGUUGAGUAAAUGGGUUAAAUCCUAGUUGAAAAGUACUGUUGUAAACCAAAGCAGGCUGAUAGACUGACUGUCACUUCUACUGUGGAGCCUGACUGUAUUUAUUUUAUUAAAAACUGAUUAUAUUGGGGGGGGGAAAAAUAGUGUAAAUGUCAGAAGAGCCAUUGCUACAUCCUGAGGCCUGGGGCGAGUUGUUUGUAGGUGGGUCCCCUCUCUUUUAGACCUAAUGAGAAGACGAUAUAGAUACAGGACCUUAGCGAGCCCCUGGAUAUCAGACAUGAGAAAAUUAACAUCACAGCUGACCAUGUAAGGUAACGUUAGCCGCUCCACGUUCAGAUCAGUUUAUCACGACUAAGAGUUUGUUCUCCAUUUCCUACAUUUUUAUCUAAAGUUAUUUUUAUUCAUGCUUUUCAUUGUGAUUUUUUUAAUUUAAGUUUUUUUCUGAUAAUCGAGUGUAAUGUACAAGGAAAAAACACUAAUAUGCAGUAGUAAAUGUACUGUACUUACAAUAAGGGGUUUGGUGUCAAAGUGUCCAGUGGUGAAAUUUACCAAAUCAACUGUCUAUGUUGUGAAAAUGACUGAACUUAUAAAAAAAUAAAAGUUUGUGUUGUUUACUUGA